UCACUUCCGGAUUUAGGGUUCUUACUGCUUCCGGCUUCACAUAUGCGAUGUGGAAUGUUUUUGGCAGGAAGAGUCGUUCAAAUUCCUGUGUUUGUCACUGAAAAAUAUAAUGAAGGUUUUUGUCUUCGUAUAGUUACAUCGUAGUUACACAGCUGCUCAACUUUUUGUUGUAGUGUUAUUACAUAAAAAGCUAAAAUGUCCGCAUCGGAAGGAACCAAAAACACGAACACGGAACCGUGGGGUGGGUUUGAUGACAACAUUAUGAUCCAGGGUAGUGGCUCAGCAGUAAUAGACAUGGAAAAUAUGGAUGACACCUCUGGCUCUAGUUUCGAGGACAUGGGAGAAAUGCACCAGCGUAUGAAGGAAGAAGAGGAGGUGAUAGCCGAGGCUGCAGCUACGGAGGAUGAAACUGGGGAAGAUGGAGAGUUCCUUGGCAUGAAGGGCCUCAAAGGCCAGUUAGGAAGACAAGUCGCCGAUGAGGUUUGGAAAGCAGGCAAGCGGCAGGCCUCAAAAGCCUUUAACCUAUACGCUAACAUCGACAUCCUUCGACCUUACUUUGACGUUGAGCCUAUUCAAGUGAGAAACAGAUUAAUUGAAUCCAUGAUUCCACUCAAAAUGAUAAACUUUCCCCAGAAAAUUGCUGGGGAGUUGUAUGGACCAAUGAUGCUGGUGUUCACACUGGUGGCCAUCCUCCUUCAUGGCAUGAAGACUUCUGGAACAGUUAUUAGAGAGGGCACACUGAUGGGAACUGCCAUUGGGACGUGUUUUGGCUACUGGAUCGGAACAUCCUCCUUCAUCUAUUUCUUGGCUUACCUUUGCAAUUCUCAGAUCACCAUGCUCCAGAUGUUGUCUUUACUAGGCUAUGGUCUCUUUGGCCACUGCGUGGUCCUUUUCAUCACCUACAAUGUUCACUUUCACUCUCUGUUUUAUAUUCUAUGGCUGAUAUUCGGAGGACUUUCUACACUUCGAAUGGUGGCUGUUCUGAUUUCGCGUACUGUAGGUAAAACUCCUCGUCUCGUUUUGUGUGGCACACUUGCAGCGCUCCACAUGCUUUUCCUGCUCUAUCUGCAUUUCGCCUAUCACAAGAUUGUUGAAGGUAUCCUGGACACCCUAGAAGGACCAAACGUCCCCCCUAUUCAGAGAGUGGCCAGGGAUGUCCCUAAUGUGGCCACUGCUGUUGUGAAUGCCACAGUGAAAUCUGUAGCUGCAGUCAUACACUCGCAGUAAUCCCUUGUUCUGAUGCUUUUCUGUUUGGACAAGGAAACUGGUUUGGAUGUAAAGGACCUGGGCUCAGGAGAGUUACAAAGGGGAAUUCUUAUCUAGCACCUCAGCUACGCCCCAGUCCACUUAUCAGUUAAAUAUAACCUAUGAUAUGAUACCUGACAUUAAGGUAUGGUCAUACGGUGGUUUAAUUUGAUCCUGAAAAGGCU